AUGUCUGGCUCCUGCUGCGGCUCCUGCUGCUCCUCCUCAGGCUGUGGGGGAGGCUGCUGCCAGCCCUGCUGCCAGCCCUGCUGCUGCCGCGACCCCUGCUGCUGCCGCCCCGUGUCCUGCCAGACCACCGUGUGCCGCCCCGUGACCUGUACCUGCCGCUGCACUCGCCCCAUCUGUGAGCCCUGCCGCCGCCCAGUCUGCUGUGACCCCUGUGGCCUGCAGGAGGGCUGCUGCCGCCCCAUCAGCUGCUGCCCCACAUCCUGCACAACCGUGGUCUGCCACUACCCUGUCUGCUGUGACCCCUGUGGUGUGCAGGAGGGCUGCUGCCGCCCCAUCAGCUGCUGCCCCACGUCCUGCACGGCCGUGGUCUGCCGCCCCUGCUGCUGGGCCUCCACCUGCUGCCAGCUCAUCUCUGUGCAGGCGCCCUGCUGCCGCCCCCCCUGCUGCCAGCCUGCCCCCUGCCGCACCACCUGCAGGACCUCCCCCUGCUGCUGAGAUUCCCAC